AUGAUGCCCUCGCAAGUCUUUGUCGACGACACAUCUUGCCAGGCUAGAGAGGGAGUGGGAGUGCAUAUAGUUACAUACAAGGGCGGAAAACAUAACUAUGCUAACAAGAUUGGCAUUCAAAACUACAAACAACGAGGUAGUGGUUAUCCAAAUGUGAGGAGAAUUCACGGCAAAGAGCGAGCAGUUGAAAAAGUAUCUAAUGAUGAUAGAGGUCAAGCGCACCUACUUCAAUUACUUCCAGAUUCAGUAAAUCUUGAGAGCCAAAAAUCACAAGGCAGACAGGCUAACAAGAACGGCAUCCGGACAAGAGAGUGCCUCUCUCCUAGAGCUAACAGUGUUCUAGACCGUCGAGUCUUACGUACAUAUCUAGAUAGAUUAACCAGCAAACAUCAUGCUUCCAUGGCAGUUGACAAUGUAUCCAUCUCUCGAUUUGCUAAGGAACGGCCAUCCAUGAACACUUUGCCGAUUCCGUCAACUUUCUCACUCCUUUUCGUUCUGGUUUCCAUCAUGUUUCGUUUCCGUAAGCAGUUUUACAAACUAAAUCGUUUGUCCAUCGUUUGGGAAAAUGUCGUCUUGGUGGCUUCACGUCUUACAACGUUGCUCGAUCUCCUGCUUUAUCAUUCCUUCUCCAAGGGGUACCGGUAUGAGCAUGAUCACCAUGACAUGCCACAUAGCAGCUGCGACCAAGAACGUCGUCCAACGAGCGGCUUUUACGAGUGGAAGCCGGCCGCCGGGGCUGAUGAGGAAGAUCAAGUAGAAUGUGCGGUGUGUCUGUGCAAGAUUGAGGAAGGCGAAGAGAUUAGAGAGUUGAGAUGUGACCAUAUUUUUCAUAGAGUUUGCUUAGACAGAUGGCUUGGAUACAAUCGCGCAACCUGUCCCCUUUGUCGUGAUUCUCUGUUCAUGCGCAGGAAUGUCACUGAAGUUGGAGUGGAAUUGCUGCAUUUCAAAUAUUGUUGUCUCAACUCUCGUGACCGGCGCCAGACAUGGUGGCUGCGCUGAAUCUAUAUAUAUAUAUAUAUAUAUAUAUGAGAACAUAUAUAGCAAAUGAAUGAAGUCCCUGUAAUGCUAAGUACUUUCAUUUCAUCCAACAUACCUACCUAUAACAUCUUCUAGUUUAUUUUUUUUAAAUAACAUUUCUAGUUAGUUAUUAUAUAUAUUUACACUAAUGUGUUUUUUUUUUUUUUUUUUGCUUAUAUAUAUAUAUAUAUAUAUAUAUAUAUGUUAAUGUUAUAUAAUUCGUCGGGCUUGCAUGUGUGGUUUUGAUAAACAGCUAGCAUGCACGAGCUAGUUGAUCUAUUUAUACUAGUUAAUAUCAUGAUUCGUAAAUUAUAUAUAUCCACAGCAAUUGGAUCAAUUGUAUUAAGAAUAUAAUACAGAUAAUUAAAUUUACAUCU